UGGUCGGGCUGGGAGGCGUCCCGCCCUCCUGGAGGUAAUGAGCACUGUACAACAGGUGUUUGCUCCUCAGUCCCCAGCCUGUCCUGCCUGCGACCGGAGCCAGCUGCCGCCACACUUCAAAGGCUCACUUGCUCUCGCUCAUCCGUGUGUCCUCCCUGCACCCGGGCCAGGGGGCCACAAUGGCCUGCCGCUCCUGUGUUGUUGGCUUCAGCAGCCUUAGCAGCUGUGAGGUGACACCGGCAGAUGGCCCCUGGCCUGAGACCUCAGCAUGGAACAGCUGCGGGGCCCCUGGGCCAGGCUUCAGCUCUUGCAGCCUCACAGGCUGCGGACCAGCUGGCACCAUCCCCAAGGUGACCGUGAACCCCAGCCUGCUGGUGCCCCUGGAUCUGAAGGUGGACCCGGCCAUUCAGCAGCAGAAGAACCAGGAGAAGGAAGAGAUGAAGAUCCUCAAUGAUAAAUUUGCCUCCCUGAUUGGCAAGGUGCAGGCCCUGGAGCAGCGCCACCAGCUGCUGGAGACCCGCUGGCGCUUCCUGCAGAGCCAGGGCUCAGCCGCCUUCGACCUCGGGCACCUCUACGAGGAGUACCAGGGCCGGCUGCAGGAGCGGCUGCACAGAGUGAGCCAGGAGCGGGGACAGCUGGAGGCCAACCUGCUGCAGGUGCUCGAGAAGGUCGAGGAGUUUCGGAUCAGGUAUGAGGACGAGAUCUCCAAGCGCACAGACAUGGAGUUCACCUUUGUCCAGCUGAAGAAGGACCUGGACACGGAGUGUCUUCGACGGACCGAACUGGAGACCAAGUUAAAAGGCCUGCAGAGCUUGGUGGAGCUGAUGAAAACCAUCUACGAGCAGGAGCUGAAGGACCUGGCAGCCCAAGUGAAGGACGUGUCGGUGACCGUGGGCAUGGACAGCCGCUGCCGCAUUGACCUGCGCGGCAUCGUGGAGGAGGUGAAGGCCCAGUACGACGCCAUCGCGGCUCGCAGCCUGGAGGAGGCCGAGGCGUACUCCCGGAGCCAGCUGGAGGAGCGGGCCGCCUGCUCAGCAGAGUUUGCGAACAGCCUCCAGAUCAGCCGCAGUGAGAUCGCUGACAUCAACGUGCACAUCCAGAAGCUUCGAUCCCAGAUCCUCUCCAUCAAGAGCCACUGCCUGAACCUGGAGGAGAACAUCACGGCAGCCGAGGAGCAGGGGGAGCUAGCCUUCCAGGACGCCAAGGCCAAGCUGGCCCAGCUGGAGGCGGCCCUGCAGCAGGCCAAGCAGGACAUGGCGCGGCAGCUGCGCGAGUACCAGGAGCUCAUGAACACCAAGCUGGCCCUGGACAUCGAGAUCGCCACCUACAGGAAGCUGGUGGAGGGCGAGGAGAGCCGGAUGGACUUGCCUUCAGCUGCUGUGGUCAGUGCUGUGCAGUCCAGAUCCAGAACCGCUGCCUGCAAGUCCCACCUCUCGAGAGCCCCCUCCCGGAAAAAGAAGCACAGCAAAGGCGCCGUGAUCAAAAUCACCGAAACGUCAGAGAAGUUCCUCUCGCAGGAGUCAGAGGCCUCAGAGUAAAGCAGCUGGACCAGGAGCCCAGGUCACUCCCCUGCAGGAAGAGGGGCUUAAGCUAGUCAAGAAAGCGACUUGGAGCCUCUAGGUUGGGAGAGGAGACACACCUGAUCCUGAACUGAGAGGAGGAGGAUUCAAAGUGUGACUGCUCUUUUGUGGGUCACCAGGGAUGGGACAGGACUGUCACCAGCUAUUCAGAGCCAUUCCACUCCUUAUCCAUAUCUCACAGUCCCACUCUUCCACGCUUCUGGCCAGAGGUUUUCCCGACUGGGUAAACUGGAAUUGAGGGUCCAUUUUGUCUCUAUCUCCUGGCUCCCUUGAGGCUCCUCCCUCAACAGAGGGCUCUGACCAAGGUCCCUUUGACUCUUUUGCCCAACCCUUGCCUAAACUCACAUCUCGAGCCUUGCCUUGCCUCUGCCUCAGAACUGAGACUGGUGCCCUCGGUCACCCAGCCCUGGUCGGCCGUGGACCAGGGGCUGAUGGGGACCUCUUGGGCACCCUCCCCCUAUCUGGAAUUCCUGGGGAGGCUGGGUCCUGAGUACCCCUGGCUUUCCUGACCACCUGAGCUCCCAGAGACCUGACAGUAUUAGGGAGUGAGGGGGAGGCUCCCUGGACGUUUGGGACCUGAGCCUGGACCUCUGAGAUCAGCCCAGACACCUAUGCCCCUUCCCUCCUCCUGUGGGUCCCUCCCAGCAGGUCACAGUCAGAAUUGGACAGGCUGCCCUGCCAGCUCCCAGCACCUUCUCCAGAAGCUGUUCUUGCCAUGAUGAACUCCCCGGGGGCAGGCCAGAUGGCAGCCUGAGACCAGGCAGGAGAAUCAGACCUUCCCCUCUCCUCCCUGCCAUCCUGGGGUUCACCACCCUGCCCCCCAUCAGCUGUUUCCCAGCCUGAAACUGGCUUUGGAGCACCAGGCCCUGGAGAUCCCUAGCCCCCACCAUGAAACCCCAGGCCCACUUCUCAUGAACCCCACUUCUCAGGGUCUCUGUUCCCCCCAUCAGGCCACACAGCCUGGCCCUCUGGUCCUUUGCAUCCCUGAGGGGCCCAGGAACACCCCAUCCCUGGAGGGUUAGAGCUCCUUCUUGUCCUCCCCCUCCACCCCUCCUCCCUCCGUGCCCACUCCUCUGCCUCCAGUGGGGCCCUGAAGAAGGCACAGUCCAGGCGGGUCUGGGAGCUUCUGAGCCCUUGAGGUAGGGCUGGAGAGCUGCUGACAACCCAAGAGAAAUUCUGCAUCCAACAAGAAGAUGUGGGGCUGGGAGGAGCACUCCCCUCUCCUUCUCUUGGCUCUCACUUUGGGGCAGCUCCAACCUCCCACUCGACAGCCACCUUCUCUCCUUCCCUCUCUCCUCCCUAACUGCCCCUUGCCUCACCUCCUCUUCUACCCUAGUCUUUGAUUCAUUCAUCUCAUUUUCCAGGACAUUGGUGGCCCAAGGCCUUGGCCCCUCCUACGCUCAAGGUCCUCCAAGCCUGCGGGGGGCGCUGAAGGGCCACUGGCUCAGGCAGGAGGGGACUCAGACAUGUACUUAUCCCUGAGGUCCCAAAACGGUGCUGAUUGCUGCUUUUUCUCCACCUAUUUAUUGGUUUCCAAGGGAGCAAAUCCUCAGUGGGGAUACAAGAUAUAUAAAGUAUAUAUGUUAUUUUUUCAUAACUUAUGUGGCUUUUAAAUUAUUGCUUCCCUUACUGUUUCUGCAUAAUCAGUGCUAUAUAUUCUACUAUCUGAACAGACAAUACAUGUCGUGGCCACCCUACCUGACCGGAUAACUAUCAGGGCAAUGGCCGCCUCUCCCUGCCAAGGGAUGAAUAAAGUGCUGAGAUUUGUCCAUGGAUAAAGCCGUGUGUCUGUUUUUGUCUC